GCAAUCGCCGGCCCUGCUGGGCGGCUCUGGAGCAUCAGAUUUCAGCUCCGACUUGGGCCGUCCAAAAUAGAGCUGAGAGGCUCUGGAGUGUGUGUGUGUGUGUGAGAGAGAGAGGGAGAGAAGAGCGUCUCCAUGCUCGUCUGGCUCCGGUGAACACUUGCUCCAGGAAUGUGUGUGUGUGUGUGUGUGUGGGCAACACUGACUCCGGACCGUGCUGAGGCCUACUCAACAGUAAAGCCUGGGACUUGAAUUUCUUUCACAGCUGACUGGAGUGCUUCUAUCCUGGGCAGCCGCCUCAGGCCUCCAGCCCCUGAGCCUGUAAGCCAGGAGGAGACGCAGAAGGUUUGCGUCCUCACCCCCCGCCCCCCCGGGCCUGCUGCCAGUCUGCCUCGCCUCCGGGAGGGGAGAUGUCUAUUUAAAGCUUCUUCUGGACGGGUCUUCUGCUCUGAGCCGUGGACUGCCAUAUGAGGAGGAGGAGGAGGAAGAGUUCUGUUUAGAUUUUAGGAGCUGUGGAGGUAAACAGUGACUGCCCUGAGGUUAAAGCCUGGACCAUCUCAGUGACAUAAUGGAAACUAGCUUUUGGCCUGUCUGAGCGUAUAAGUGUCUGUGUGUGUGUGCAUUUGGCCUGUCUGAAAAUAUAAGUGUGUGUGUGUGCAUUUGUCCUGUCUGAGCGUAUACGUGUGUGUGUGUGAGUGUGUGUGUGUGUGUGUGUGUGUGUGUCAGCAGCAUGUUAGCGGUUCUGUGGCAGUGGCUUGCUCUGCUCUGGCGGUGUUUCUGGUCGUGGGUGCGGUCCAGAUCAGAGUGGGUGUGGUCCAGAUCAGAGUGGGUCCACACCAGGGUGACCUCACGUGGACCACACAGACUGGACAGUGACAUCACUCAGGAGGAGGAGCUAAAUUAUAGCCAAUCAGAGGAGUGGAAGACGGACCAAUCGGCCAGGACCUAUGGUUACCAUGACGGCGCAACAAUGGUGGCUGUGCAGACAAGCACGCACAUUUUCUAUGUGGACCUGGAGCGUCUGGCAGAGUGUGGUGAAUAUUUCCGGGCCCUCUCCCAGUCCAGCAUGGUGGAGACGAGCGAGCGGCGGAUCCUUCUAGACCACGUCCCCUCGGAGGUCUUCCACAGCCUGCUGCAGUUCUGCCUCCUGGGUGUGUUCAGCGUGUCGCGCCCCCGCCUGCCCUCCCACCUCCAGGUGAGCAGCUACCUGCUGUCCUCCGCCUACACCGCCCGCCUGCUGGCCCGCCUGUCCGCCCUGCUCACCCCCCUCACCUGCCCGGCCCACCUGGAGCUGUCCGAGCGGCUGGGAUGCCCGGAGCUCCGCCACCAGGUGCUGCUCUACCUGAGCGCCCACCUGCUGGAGCUGCCCCACCUGAGCCGCGCGCUGGAGCCCCACGAGAGGCAGCUGCUCCCGGGCCUGCGCUCCGCGGGAAGAACCCCCCGGCUCUGCUGUCUGCUCAAGGAGAACCUGAGUGCACGGAACGUUCCGGAAACACUUGCGGCGCGGCAGGUCUACUGCCUGGAGGAGGAGGAGGAGGAGGGGGUGGAGGGACGGGGGUGGCGUGAGCUGACGGAGAUGCCGUUUGAGGCGGAUAAGUGGUGCUUCACCACGGCGGUGCUCUUCAACUACCUCUACGUCAUCGGAGGCUACCGCCACCGCGUCGCCCGCGGAUACGAGUUCAAGAUGGCAUCCUUCCGCUACAACCCCCUCACCCAGCAGUGGGCCACGGUGGCACCCAUGAUGAAGCACAGACGGCACUUCAGCGCAGUGGCGUGUGAGGGGUGUGUGUAUGCGGUGGGCGGUUGGUACCUGGACUCCCUGGUCACCCCUGACUCCAGCACCAGCCUCUACACGGCCGUGGAGCGCUACGACCCCUGGGCGGACCGCUGGGCCUUCGUCUCCUCGCUGCCGCUCAGUGACUUCAGCUUCACCCUGUCGCUGGCGCACGACUCCCCCCUCACCGUGGCCCUGGGGGGCUGCCUCUACGUGCUGGGCAACAUCCAGAGGACCGGAGAGAAGCUGGUGCUGCGCUACAGCAUCACAGACGACUGCUGGUCUGAGCUCAUGCCAACUUUAACCCGAGCAGACGCUCACAUCUCCAGCCUCUACUUCCUGGGUGCCACUGAGAAGUUGCUGGUGAUUGGUGGAAACAACACGGAAACCGUGGUAACCUCCUUCUGUGUGGACUCUCAGUGCUGGGGGCGUGUCCAGAGCAUGGAGCGCACGGCUCUCAUUGGUCAGGGGACGGUCCUUGACGGCGAGGCGUUCGUGUGGAGUUUAAGGCACGGCGCUGUGAUGAGACUGAACCUGGACUCUCUGUCCUUCUCCCUCCUGCCCACCCUCCCCCUCCCCAGCUGCUACGAGAGCCUCUUCCACCUCUGCUUCUGACGACGCCUCUCUACUGACGUCUUACUCAACACUUCGACUGCUCUCAUAUGGAGCUACAUACCGAAUACUGACGUCUUACUCAACACUCACACACAUACUGAAUACUGACGUCUUACUCAACACUCACACACAUACAGAAUACUGACGUCUUACUCAACACUCACACACAUACAGAACAC